AUGAUGCUGAUGGCUCUGCUGAUCGCCUUCAGCUGCCUCGGCUUCCACACCCUCUGUCAGGCCCAGGCUGUUUCCAUCUUGACCUUAGGCAUGGCUCCAGACACCUUCGAUGAUGCCUAUGUGGGCUGUUCGGAGGAGAUGGAGGAGAAGGCAGCCGUCCUGCUAAAGGAGGAGAUGGUCCACCACGACCUGCUCCGGGAAUCCUGGAAGGCAGCCCAGGAGGCCUGGGAGCACAGACGUCGUCAAAACCUCACUCUGCCCCCCGGCUUCAAAGCUCAGCAUGGAAUGGCCGUUAUGGUCUAUACCAACUCAUCCAAUACCUUGUACAGGGAGCUGAACCAGGCUGUGCAGAGGAGUGGUGUCUCCCGGGAGCACUACAUGAGGCAUUUCCCCUUCAAGGCCCUGCAUUUCUACCUGACCCGGGCCCUGCAACUGUUGCGGGGCACUGGGGUCUGCGGCAGAGGACCUGGGGCAGUGGUGUUCCGAGGUGUGAACAGCCUUCGCUUUGAACCUAGGAGGCUGGGAGACUCUGUCCGCCUGGGCCAGUUUGCCUCCAGCUCCCUGGAUAAGGGCGUGGCCCGCACAUUUGGGGAGAAGAUGCAGGACUGUUUAUCUAUACCACUAGAGGGGCAGCCAGAGUCACCCUCCAAGGGGGCCUUCUCUCUGCUCUCCUGGAAGACCCUGCUCUUGGUCCUUGGGGGGUUCCAGCUCUCAGGAGCUGGGCUCUGAAAGUCCAACACCUGCCACUUAGGAGUCCUGGGAACUGGUAAUCUUCAUAUGAAGAAGGGGGGCUUUGAACAGCCUCAAGAAGCAAGAACACGGUUCCAGACGCAGCCCCAGCAGCCAUCUCCCCAACCAGGAUGUGGGGAGACCUGCAGCCAUGGCAGGGUUGAGGGAGCCUCGUGAUGUGGCGAGGACUUCCUGGGACAAGCAAGGGAAGUACUGUGAAGGCUACUUGAUUAAACAGUGUUGCAGUGUGGAGA